AAUUGUCUGCAAAUGAAAACACGAUCCGUUAAAAAAGUUUUCUGGCUCUUGGAGGGAGGAAAAAUCCACACAUGGAGAAGAGCGAUUCCGCUGGAGCAACACACGACGGGCUGUAGUGGAGUUUUUCUCCGCAGGAGUGAGUAAGCGAGGCUGUUCCUCUCACUAACUGGACUGGGCUUGCUCACCGGGUUUAAUGGAGCACGUCGUGUUGACGGUGAACUGAGAAUGGCAAGACUUUCCCGACUUUCCUGCAGUGCAUUGGCAAAGCGUGCAGAGCCAGUGACUUAUUAAUCCCCUCAGUCGGGCUUUGUUUUCCCGUGCUGCUCCAAGUAUGACCGAUAGCUGGAUAUGUGUUGCUCUCUUGGGCUAAACUUUUACCUGUAAGUUAAUGAAGUAAUCGUGCUUACCUGUGGGAGAUAAACUCAAUGCGUGGAAAGUGGGACUGGAACAGCGAAGACGAGAAGAGCCUGUUUGCGUUAUAUGUGGUGUAGAUAUAUGUAGUGUUAAAGUUCGAGAAAUGCACAAGUUGAAUCCGACCGACGGUGAGCGGGACUUGGAGGUUCAGCAGCCGCUGGCGCAGAGCAGCCUGGCCUGUGAGGGGAUGCGGGAGAACGGAAAGCACACACUCGGCCAGUCGCCGUCUGCGGCCGGAGCCCCCUGCUCCCAGCGCAAGAUGCUGGUCGGCUUAGAUAUCCUGUGCCUUUUCGUUGCCUCCAUCCCUUUCUUUGCAUGUGAACUGAAGGCAGUGAAGCCGUACAGGAGAGGCUUUUUCUGCGGAGACCCCAGCAUUACGUACCCUUACUUGGAGAAUGAGGCCAUUCCGGACAGCUUGCUAAUCGCUGGAGGGAUCAUCAUCACAGGGCUGACGAUCGCUGUGGGUGAGUGUUACCGGGUCCGGUUCCGAGGCGUCCAGUCCCGUGCCUUUGUGAGAAACUGCUACGUGUCCUGCCUUUACAAAGAGCUGGGUGCCUUUCUGUUUGGCUGCUGCAUCGGCCAGUCGCUGACCAACAUGGCCAAGCUGAGCGUGGGCCGGCUUCGCCCCAACUUUCUGUCCGUGUGCAACGUGACGUAUGCAUCGCUGCGUUGCACGCCGGACACUUACGUGGCAGAUGUGAACUGCAUUUGCACAUCAAAGGAAGAGGAGGAGGCCAGGAAGUCAUUUUUCUCUGGACAUGCCUCUUUUGCAAUGUACACAAUGCUUUACCUCGCUUUCUACCUGCAGGCGCGACUGUCAUGGCGAGGGGCGCGGCUGUUGCGGCCGCUGCUGCAGUUCCUGCUGGUGAUGUUAGCAAUGUACACCGGUCUCAGCCGAAUCUCCGACUAUCGCCAUCACCCCACUGACGUCCUCACCGGCUUCCUGCAGGGCGCGCUCACUGCAUACUGGGUGGCCUUCCACAUCUCCUCCAUGUUUAAAGCCUGCACUUCAAAUCUGUCCCCCACCAACUUGUCUCUGGACAGCCCCCUGUCCGUGUCCAGCGGGCAGACGGUGUGCUAGCGCCUGUCCUGGGAUGCGGCUCCAACACGAUGCAAACAGACUGGACUCGAUUCAGUUGGAAAUAAAGAAAGAGCACAUGGAAAGUGGAGCGGAUGGACAGAGAAAGUUGCAGGAGUGGAGACGGAGGACGGGACGAUGCAGAGAAGAAGGCUAACGAAGUAACAGCUCAGUGGAAUGCAUUCAUGUCCAGACCUUUACUGGAACAUCCUCUAGUGAAACAUUUUCCCGUACAGAAAAGGUGUCCAGCUGAGCUUGUUGUCCUGCAGACCCGCCCACUGCCUAUCAACCCUCCAUACAAAUAUGAUACAGAUUUUAUUUUGUAUGUAUGUGUGUAUAUUUUUACUAUAAAUACAGUAAAUGUAAUCUAGAUGAAGCUGCUAAUAAUUCUAUUAGUCCCUGGUGCCAGUUAUACUGACUGCAGUUAAAGAUUCAGGAGACCCGUGUUAUUCACAGAAUAUGAGACUGAUCUGAUCCUGGUUAAUGAGUAUUGUACUGAGUCCACGACUGAGCCUGAAUAGCCCGAUUGGCGUCUGUGGAUCGAGACGUGGUCAUUGAACCAUCCAAUGGCCUUGAAGGCGAGGCUGAGGACCUACAGUGUUUUGGAGCAAUGCCACUUUGAGAGAUGGACCUGUGUGCCCAGUACAGACUUCUUUCUCUUUUCCUCUCCUUUUUUCUGUCCUUUGAACAUUCUUUCUGACGUUUCAUUUUCUACAUUUUCUGUUUUUUUCUUUCUUUCUUCCUCAUUUGGAUUAAGGUUUAAGCCACUGAAACAGAAACAUUGAAUCAUGAGACUUUUAGCAAGUUUUGACUUUGCUGAGAUUUAAUCCUGCAUUUAACCACUUUUGCUGUGCAAGUGAAGUUGCACUGUGACUGAAACGAGAAUUCCCCCAACUGACCUAUCCAAGCUCCGCUCACAAAGGCAUUCUUUCAUAACAACUGCUGCAAGGUUGGGCAAGCUUUACAGACAUUAAUGAGAGUCUCAUUGAGCUUAAUGAGAAAUGGUAGCAAAAUGUCAAUUAGAAGUGCUUUUUGUAUUUGAAGUUUCACCUUCCGCUGUUUUAUUGUUCCUAGCUAGAAAAGUUUGUCGCACAGUGAGGUAAGGCAAAGUUCUGGUAUGACCACUGAGUCCUGUAUUGAAGUGCCAAGCUAUUAAAAUGACUUUGCUUGGUGGGAAAUGUAGUACAUUUUGACGAUUAUCAUUAAUGAAAUGAUUUUUAAACAUUGGUGUACUAUAGCAUAUUGUAUUUCAUGGCUUUUUUAUCAAGGCAUUAAGGAAUAUUCCUGCACACACAGCCUUGGCAUUUGUUUUCUACAUACCUUUACAUACCUUUCUUCUUUCAGUUUGUGGAAAAAUUGUCCAAGAAUGUCUGUCAAGUAUGGAACGUAAGCUGCAGAUGCAGUCUAGUUUGUCCCUGUUGGCUGCGGCUGCCGUGUUCAUACUCCUCCCAGUGAUGUUAGACUGGAGGAAAAUGUAUAAAUCUUUGGUUUUUAGAUAAUUUAUGACUAGACUGUAUUAGUUUUUCCUUUUUGUGCACAACUGACAUAUUUUCUACAUAUAAGCUAUAAGCUACAUGCUCACCAUGUCCACUCAUUUCAAACAGCCUAAAAUCCGAUACACACACACACACAUUUAUAUAUAUAUAUAUAUGCGCUCCAUAAAGUGAAACUACUUGGUGACAGUGAUUUAGAGCGUCAAAUGUUUUGACCCCAGUGAAAGGCUUACAUGACAAGAUUCCAUAACAAAACAGCUACACUCAUGUGAUCUUUUACUGGCAUAGAAUAUUGAGGGUUUUUAGUUUCUCAUUACGUUGAAUGAUAAUCCAUAAGGGCUUGUCAACCCAGCAACCUUAAAUAAGAAAGAAUACAUUUAUGUGCAGAGCUUAAAUAGGUCAGUUUGCCUUCUCCUGCCUCUUUGCUACCAUUUGAGUCCUAUAAUCCGGCUCAAGCAGGGGGCCCACUGGACACUACCUGCCUGCUCUUAUGCUUAGCACUUGAACUGUGGAAUGGUGCCCUUUACUUACAAAAAUGUUAUUUUAUGUGUGAUGUCAUUUUAAAUAGUGUUUUUCUCUCUA